UCUACAAUUGAUYUUCUUAAAAUGUGAUUUUGAACCUAACCCUUACCUUAACUACACUGCUAACUUUAUGCSUAACCCCAAUCUUAAUUGAAGACAAAAMAGUUAAUUGUUGUUUUCAUAAACGUUUACGAUAUAGCCACAUUUGACUGUGUGACUGUUGUAACUAAUGGAAAAGCUUAUUGCCUACGUACGCCAUUCGCACUGCUGGAGUGGUGCCUAUUUUUUUUGUGUUGCACGUGUCCCGUCAAUAUCGCUGGAUUUCUAUAGCUGAAUUGACUUAACUUUUAUUUUCAAAUAUCGUGUCGGAACGGAAAUUUCACAUUUUAAAGUGGGCUCAAUGAGAGCGGAGACUUAGUUAUCUAGCUAGCGGCUGCUAGCCUAGACACAUUUACAGUUAACUAUCUAACSUUAGUAGAACAUGCCCAGACUGGUCAUACCAGGCCGAUAGGUUGCGAUUCUUUCAGACAUGGAUUACAAUUUCCCACAGAAACUUUUCCCGGUUUAUUUCAACUCUGGGCCCCCCAGUUCUACGUUUAGACAUAACGUCGGAGGUUGGGGUUCGUAUGGUCAAGUGUUGGAAGUCAACGUCGCUCUACACGAGAACGACGUUAGUCUACCAAAAGUAGAUUGGAAGUUCGAAUCUCAACACCAAGUGAAGGGAGAGACUUGGGUGCCAGUGGAACCGAUAGCAAUACCACUUCUGCGACCAAAAAGAGGCCACAAAUGGUCAUCAACAGCACUGUCGGAUCCUUUGGAUUUUUCAGAGCAAAUGCAGAACUUCUACCAGUACAAGUACAAGGAUGCGUUUUGCACAAUGAGCCACAUCCUGGGGGAUAACUUCCACUUUAGACAGGGGAGGAGAAAGGCAAGUGAAAGAAAUGCUGUUCACAUGUGGCAGAUGAAGCGCUUCAUGCACACAUUUAAAUACAAAAAGUGCGAGUUAACUCAUUUGGAGCGGCAGGCCAAAAGGUACCACAACCUGUUAUCAGAUGUGAUCCAUGACAUCCCUCCAGCCCUGCUAGCUGAUCAUCUCCAUGAGGAGCUGACCUAUCAGAGAGGGCAGGAGCAGUUCUCUGACCACGCCACUGGGGGUGCCAUAGGGUACAUUUCCUUUACCAACACCAGUAUCUCUCAGCAAGGCUGUCUGGUGUACCCUGGGAAAGCUGGCCUUAACAAGCUUAACUUCCACAGGGUGGUGCUAGAGUUUCAAGAAGGGAAGCCUCCAUGUUUUGAUGUGAGCCACAAGCCUCUCUCAUUCCAGCUCAAUGGUACAAUCAGACAGAUCACCAUUGGCCUUCAGCAGGAUGAAUGUCACGUGGGGGUGCGCUGUGACUACCUGUGUGGUGUCUGGAAGGUCAGUGAGAAGGACAUCCCUAAGACUUUGGAGGUCAUUCAGACCAAGCAGCCAGCUACAUGUCUCAGUGCCAGUCCCCAUGUCCUUGGAGAGYUUCUGGUGACCAGUGAGAGUGGAGCUGCCUAUCUAUGGACGGUGGGGAAAGGUUUGCAGAAGUUCCGUCAGGAGUACAGUAACCUGUACUUCAAUUCUAAGUCGUCAUGGAGAUGGUGUGACUUCUCUGGCCACCCCAGGGUGAUGGUGUAUGCUGACCGGACAGGUGUGGAGCUCACUGAUAUCAGGACCAAAGAUCAUUGCAGCCACACGCUGUUUCGUAUCGGCCAAACUCCUGACUGUAAGAGUGGCGAGAGAGUCAUCCUGUCCAAUUACCUGAGAGAUGUCCACACCUUCCACCACCUCGUCACCACACAGCACUCUGCUUACGUCAUGGAUGAGCGUUUCCCCUGCCUCCCCAUGAUCCAGUGGGAUCACAUGAUGGAGCAUCCUCCCAUGUUUGCCCAGGUCGUGGCGGGGUUGCCGUCGGGGGGAGGGACUACUAAGGUGCUGCUGGGCUCUCAGAGAUCACAGGAAGUGAUCCUGCUACAGUACUCAGGUGGUAGGGAGGAGGCCUGCGUCACCAGAGGCCCACCUCGRGCCUUGCUCAGCCCCAGAGACAGCCUUGGACACCUGCCUGUCCAACUCCCCCACAGACAGCACCAUGCCCAGGACAGACUAGCCAAUCCUGCUGCUGGUCUUACUGUCAUCCAUCAGAGUCAAGCCAAGGAGGACUGUAUCUGUGUGCUGCAACUCACUGAGGCCGGAGACAUCUUUUACCACACGCUAAAGUCCCAGACUGAGUCCUUCAGUAAAGACGACCCACCAGCACCAACCCAGAACUCCGUGGGACCCGAGGGACGUAGUGGAGAUGUACAGAGACUAAAACAACCAGUUGAAACAUUAAGAAAACAGCCGCAUCAAACGUUAGGAACCUCAAGAAGUAGUGCCCUAGGUGAAACAUGGUAUUCCUCUGGACCCCAGUCUCCUGCAGAUGACUCUGGGUUCGAGGGAAGGGGACAGCCGUGGGACACUCCUAGGGCUGGACUGGAGAUGGUUAUCAACAACCCUCAUGACGACCCGUACCUGACGCUAGCGACAAACACAGGAUUAACUGAUACUCAGGAAACCGCUGCUACUGCUCCUCUACCUACAGUCCAGUCUUUGGACACUAAUGUUAACAUUAACCCCGUCAGCCCAAAGGCCAAAGUCAGUGAUGAGGCUCUGUUGGUUUGGAGGAAGUGGAUCCUCAAACUGUUCAAGUGCCCCCGGAAGCGCCGCWAUCUCCCACACAAGACCACAAAAACCAAGUAUCUUCUACCCGACGACAGCCUUCAGAAAGACCCGUUGGAAGAUCACUGUCGUCGGACCCUGAGGAAGGACCUGAGGGAAACCAUGAGGAAUGGACAUGUCCUCGUCCACAGGAACACCUGCCUCAAACCCCUGGCUCUGGUCCCUGUCCCGGCACCCGUGGAGCCCUCUGAGUGGGCUGAUGUGCUGAGCGAGAGGAUGAGCGCAUCGUGGGAGCCUGGGCUGGGGGGAUGGAGGAGCUGGUGGGAGGAGAGGCUGGGGCUGAACCGAGAGGAGAAGGUGAAGGCUCUGCGGAGGAAGAGGAGGAGACAGAAACAGGCAAAGGCUCACAGUCGUAUCGACCUAUCAGGCAGCUUCACCUCGUCCGUCAGCUACCAAUCAGACCUGGACAGCGCCUCUCUCUCCGGUUGGUCCUCGGCAGCCAGUCAGUACGCCAGCUCCGACGGAGACAGUGCGGCCAAAAGCUGCUACAACACCAAGUGGGCCACCCUGUCUGAGCCGGGUACACCGAGGGCUACCACACCAACACCACAGACCAGUAACUCACAGCCCACAACACCUCAUAGGGUGUUUGGUUCAAAACCAACUACACCACUGAAGCAGCUUAGUAGUUUCCUCUCCCAGCCCACUAUCCCCUAUUCACAGAGCAGUAGCAGUUCACUGCCCACUAUCCCCUAUUCACAGAGCAGUAGUAGUUCACUGCCCACUAUCCCCUAUUCACAGUUCACUAGUUCCGAGCCACUGUUUACACCCCAAAAACAGCCCACCGUUGGUAAGUUGUUGCCCUGGACAACAGUAGGUUCUGACUCCAGCGCGGCGGGCAUUUUGAGAACGGUGGUGGCAACCCAGAAGCCCAAGCCACAGAAUCAGGAUUAUUUAAAUUCUCUCUUUGGAUCCCAGGAGCCUAUGGAUGCCUCACAGGGAGUAGGGUUUAAUGAGAGCAGACAUCAUACUCCUUUGGCCACCUCUUCUCAGCUGUCCUCCAUCUCUACUUCACAGAGGAACCUGAAAGUGGGACUGACCUCCUCACAACCCAAAAGGAAGAAGUCUCGUAUGGGUUUCUGAUCUGAGUAUUGGUGGAUGUAGCCUCACAGCCAACAGUUAUUUUUCAAAUGAGAUGAUUAUGAUGGAUGGAACUAUGGCGAGGGAUCUUUCAACUUUUUGUUUUUCUGGUUGAUUUUAUGUGUUACGUGACAGAACUGUGAAGUGCGAAUUGGCUAUUGAGAGAUUUCUGGGAUAUUCUAGAAACCAAAAGUAUGAAGUCACAGAAUAUUUUUGUUGGGGUUUAAAAUAAAAUCUAUAUUCAUUAAUAU